CUUGUCAUCAAAGCAAUUAUAUCUGCAGAAGAAACUAUUACCUUGUCAUGCAGAUAUACACUUCCUAACAAAAUAAACUGUUUUGAACUCUAUGGCUUUGAUGUAUUGAUCGAUGAGAACCUGAGUCCCUGGCUGCUGGAGGUUAACACCUCUCCAUCUGUAAGUUGUGAUCAUUUCCUCAAUUUAAAAAUCAAGAGCAAUUUGAUUGCAGACUUGCUUUCUUUAGUUAGUGUGGAGUGUAAGAGUGGAGAAAAAAGAAAAACUUACCAGAGCUAACCCAUAUGAUGAGGAGAUCUUUCAUUGGGUUAAGGACAAGGAGGAAGAAAGGAGAGUGUUUUUUGUAAGACUAUUCCCCUGGCAAGACACAUGGCAGUGAUAUGGCCCUUUACUGACAUACAAGGUCAUGAAUAAAGCCCUGUCUAAACAUCUUUAUACAAAGAAGCCUGCAAUGUAUGGAAAGAGCAGCAGUGGACCCCAUCAGAAUACAGAGGUGUAUGAGGAAAAGCUGCCUCUUUUAACCCAAACCAUGAUAAAGUACCAGGAGAAGACAAACAAGUUAGUUGAAAUUUCAAAGAUGCAUCAGAAGAGUGCUGUAAAAGCUGUCCCAGAGUUGGUGAACAGAAGACCAAAAAUUGCAAAACCAUCUUGUUGCAGUGGAAAAGACAAAGUCCUGGAGCUGGGUAGAAGGAAAUCUGGAAACAUUUUGGAAACAUCUCUCCACAGUGGAAGGGCAGCUUCUGCAGGGGUAAUGAGCAGGAGAUCAGGAAAAAAUGUGGAAACAGCUCAUUGCAGUGGAAAGGAAGUUGUCCAAGAGAUGAGAAGCAGGAGACCAGGAAUUAGUACAGAAAAAUCUCUCUGCAGUGGAAGGGAAGCUAUUCGAGAGUUGGGGAACAAAAGAGCAGGAAAAAUUGGGGAAGUUCUCCCGGAGGUGUGCAGCAGGAGACCAGGCAAUAUUACUGAAAGAUCUCUCCGCAGUGGAAACAAAGCUAUUCCAAAGUUAGGGAGCAGAAGAACUGGAAAAAUUGUGGCAACAUCUUGCCGCAUUGCAAGGGAAGCUGUCCCAGAGAUGAGGAAUAGGAGACCAGAAAAUAUUGUGGAAACAUCUCACCGCAGUGGUAGGGAAGCUUUCCCGAAGGUGGAGAAAAGGAGGCCUGGAAAUAUUUUCCAAACAUGUCCCCAAAGUAGAAGGGUAACUGGCCAGGAGUUGAAAAGCGGAAGACCAUUUGUGGCAAAGAAAAGUAUUUUGGAGGCACGCAUUGGCUCAGUUGGUGGUGUAAAAGAACCAACAAUGAUUGAUAGCAAAAAGACAGAAUGUUUGUGGCACCAAAACGAGGCACUUGAAACACGUUCCCAAGAAAUAAAGGACAUAUGUGAUGGCUUUUUGUCUUAUUACAAACAGGCAUUCUUGGAAUAA